AUGUCUAAGAUUGCUGCGCAGAAGGCCAUCGCCGAACACCUUAAGAAGGUCGAGGAGGAGGAAGGUCCGCCCGCGCUUUCGCGUCGCGUGUUCGAGAAGUACGACAAGGACGAGAGCGGCACGAUCGACCGCAACGAGUUCAAGGCCAUGUGCUACGACCUCGGCUACUACCUCUCCGAGGCCGAGACCGACAUCGCCUUCCGCACCAUCGACCUCUCGGGCAACGGCGACAUCACCUACGACGAAUUCUACCAGGCACGCCACCACCGCACACGCCGCACGCACCGCACACGCACACGCACACGUCGCACGCGGCUGACAAUGAGUUUCUGGCGGAACGACAAGCGGUUCGAGAACCUGCACAAGAACCCGGCCGAGCUGCAGCGCCUGCAGGCCGCCGUCGCCUACUUCCAGUUCUUUGACCAGGACAAGAGCGGACAGCUCGACAAGCAGGAGUUCGCGUCCCUGCACGCGGACCUCGUCAAGAACAACAUGACCACCCACGACCUGGAGUCCUGCUUCGAAGAACUCGACACCGACGGCAGCGGUACGAUCUCGUUCAACGAGUACGUCGAGUGGAUCUCGUGCGCGCGGGUGCCCAAGGUCAAGGUCCUGCCUCCGCCUUCGGUCUAA